GCGGAGCCUGUUCGAGGGCGAGGUCGGCGCUCAUCUUGGGAUGGAUGGGCGGAAGAUGGAUCCUGGCAAGGCAGCUGGGAGGAGAAUGAGAAUUGGAGCCGAGUGGGCUCCAGCCUGGGGAGUCCUGAUCGGAGUGAUGGUUGGGAAUACAAAGGCUUUCGCCGAGGCAAUGGCCGUCGCGGUGGCUACGGUGAGUACGAGAAUUGGAGCUGGAAGGACGGCUAUGGCAAGGCGGAGGACGAGACCGAAGAGGACCGCCCUAGCUGGCGGAAUUGGGAGGCCAGCUAUGUGGGCAAGGAGGCGACACCGAGGGCGUCGUCCUGGAAUUCCUCGGAGGACGGGGAGCGAGCGUCGACGGUGAAGGUCGUCGGCGAGGAAGGUGAGAAGAAGACGACGGGCAAGGUCAGCAGCUCGUACCCCCCGGUCUUCAAGGCGAAGCCUGGCGAGAGUUUCAUCGAGUGGAAAAGGAGCGUGGAGUUUUGGAUUGGAGGAGAGGGCGGUCAGCUUCCGGCUGAGUUGGUGGGGCCCCGGAUGAUGGUGCAGUUGAAGGAGAGAGCAGCCCAGUUGGUGAAGCACCUCACCAACGACGACGUGAACAAGGCGGGCGGCAAGGACGUCAUCCUGGCGGCCCUCGAGAAAUCUCCUCUGAUCCGGCAGCUUGACAAGCACCGAGUGGACGAGCACAGGCGACGCAUGAUGAGCUUGAAUAGAGCGCCGGGAGAAUCGAUGGAAAGCUACGUGACGCGGGCCUCGAUCUACAGGACCCACUUGAUGGCGAUGGACGCAAGCAUGACUAUGGGUGAGGCCUUCUACGUAGGCCACUUGGUGGACCACGCUCACUUGACGCGGCGGGACCGCGCCAUGGUCAAGACUAAGGCUGGCAGUGAGACCGACGAGUUCCUGGUGACCAACGCUUUGAUCGAGCUGGCGAGUGAAUUGGAAGGGGAGAGUGGAUACCCCAUCGGGGCGUCGGAACCCAAUGCUGCCAAGAAUGGGGUGGAAUGGCUUCUGCAGCGAGGCGAGGGGAGACUGGGGCGCUUGACCCCGAACAAGCCUCCGCGUGGGGUCUUUGCGGCUGAGCAAGGAUUCCAGGAUGUCGGUCACGACGAUGGGGAGAGCCGGCCGGAAGAGUACGGCGAGGAGUCCAUGGACGAUGACCUCCCCCCCGAGCUCGAGGCGGUGGUCAACGAGGCGUUCGGGAUCCAGCACCGGGCCAAGCAGAAGAUCGCCGAGGUUCGCAAGUUACGGCAGUAUUAUAAGAAGCCGGAUCCCGAGGAACGCCGCCGAGCUUUGGCCGAGCAAAUGCAGAAGCAUCCUUGUCAUGCUUGCGGGCAGUAUGGACAUUGGAGCAGAGAGUGCCCAAAUCCGAAGCCGAGGGCGGCCAUGACGAGUGCGACUGCUGGGCCACAGGCCGUCUUGGCGGCUACUUCCCGGAAGGGCGUUCCGGCUGUCUUGGACUCGGUCAAGGAAGAGGAUGAGUGCCACCCUGUCAAUGAGAUCAUGUGGUCAGUGAAGGAUUUAGCUUCAAUCAGUGAGAUCAUGUGGUCUAUGAAGGAUUUAGCCUACAAGGUGGAGGGUCGCUGGUGCAAAGUCAUGGAGGAGCGAGAGGCCUUCAAGUUUGGGGAUGGCGAGAUUUUACAUAGGCAGGAAACUGGUCACUACACGAUGUCGGUUGAUGAGUGUGACAGUGGCUGUGCGCAACUUCCUGAAGACUAUGUUCUGCCUUCCUACCAAGACAUUGCACCUGUGAAUGCCGAGAUUUUGGGUGCUCAAGUGGACUCGGACGACGACAGCUUCGUCAUGACCUUCAACAAGGAGACCACGAAGGACAUGGAGCUCGAUGCGGGGGACGACAGGGACAGGUUGAGGAAGCCUUCUCAGCCCCGGGGAGCACGGCCCAAGUCGGCAGCGGCAUCCACCUCCACGCCGAAGACCAAGGCCAAGGACGAGGAGGCGGCCGAGUUCAUGGCGGGUGGCCUGACGCCCGAGGAGACGGCCAUGAUCCAGAAGCGACGGGAGAAACAAGCGGCCUCCCGGGCCAAAGCACAGGACCGCAAGGCUCUGACGGGCGAGCUGGCGGACUAUCCGUCGUUGAGCCACUGCUGGAGCGAGGAGCUGGGGCUGAACAUUGCCGGGGCCACAGCCAGUCGGAUGCGCACGUGGUGUUGGAAGAAGCUGGUGUGGAUGGUGAGGAUCAAGUCGGCGGUGGAGCGCGAUGGAGACAGGAGGUGGAAGAGGAACCGGCGUUGGCUAGCAGCCCUCCUCGGGAAGGAGGCUGAUGUGAGAGUGGGGCCGCGGCGGCCCAACCGGGGGUUGACCCAGCGGCUGAAGCGGGGCGUGCAAGAGGGCUUGGAGGUGAUCCGCCAGGUCAAGGAGGUCGCUAGUGACGAUGGCAAGUGGGUCCUCCUUGAGGUCUUUGCGGGCACGGCGCAGUUGUCGAGGCGGGCGGCCCAGCGACCAAGGUGGAGAGUGUUGGAGCCCAUUGACCUCAACACGGGCUGGGAUUUGCGGGUCCCAGAGCAGCGUGAUCGGCUUCUCAAGUUGAUCGACGCUGCGAAGCCCGACUUGGUGACCCUUUCACCCCCAAGUGGACCGUGGAGCACGUGGGAGCCGUUGUGCGAGGAUGCCGACGGGUUCUACGAACGGCGGCGGGCACAACUGCCACUCUGGCAGCUUGCUGGGGAGGCCUGGGAGCGGCAAGUGAUCAGCAAGCGGCUUGUGAUCUUGGAGCAACCAGUACAGUCCAGGGCGUUUGAGCUUCAGUGGAUGGUGGAGCGGGAGGAAGUUAUCCGGGCUGUGGUUCAUCAAUGUGCUUUUGGAUUGCGGGACCCAGAAACCCUGAGACCCUAUCACAAGCCCACCAUCCUCGAGGUCAACAACUCCGUGCUUGCCCGCAACCUGAUGAAGCAGGCCUACUGCACGCACAAGCCGGUGGAGCACCAGGUGAUCAAAGGUGAAUGCCGUGAUGGCCCCGGCUUUCGAAAAAGGUCGCAAGUGGCGGCCGAGUGGACUCCUCGGUUCUGCGAUCAUGUGCUCGAUGCGGCGGAGGACACAUUGUUACGGAGGACCCCGGAGGCGGGAAAUUGGUCACUCGCGGCGGAGACGACAGGACCUCAAUGGGAGGCGGCGCCGGUAUCCAGCGGCGGGAAUGUCGAGGAGAACCUCCGCGAACAAUUGAGCAAGAAUGCCAUGACCGGCAGCCGCUACGAUUACAUCUCCUUUGAAGGGGAGGAGGCACAGCAGCCGCGGCGAUUGCGGGCUAUGGUGGCACAUGUGCAUGUGACAUUGGGCCACCUGUCCAAUGAUCGCUUGGCCCGCAUGUUUGUGUUGAGUGGAGCCCAGAAAGGGGUGAUCGCCUUGGCCAAGUCCCUCAGAUGCCAAAUCUGUGCGAUGGUGCGACCUCCCGGGCAACAACCUAAGGUGUCCUACCGCAAACCCAAGCAGUUCAACGAGCGCAUCUCCGGGGACACCUUCUACGUGUGGGACAUUGAGAACAAGAGAUUCGCGGUGACGCACUUCAUCGACGGCCUCACGGACUAUCACAUCGGCGACCUGACGGAGAAUCCGGACUCCAACUUUGCCCGUGAGGUGCUCACGGACCUGUGGUAUGCCGUCUUUGGGCCGCCAGAUGUGUUGUUGACCGACGGAGGUAUGGAGUUCCGGGGUUCAGUUGAGGCUUUGAACGAUUUGUUUGGUGUUCUACACGAGGUGGUGCCGGAGGGUGCCAAGUGGCGCAUGGGCCAAGCCGAGCGCCACGGGGCUGUGAUCAAACUGAUGAUGAUGCGGAUGGUCCGGGAGCUCAACCUGAAGGGCUUUGCGGAGAUGCGGCGAGCAGCGCUGUCGGCCUUUGUGGCCAAGAACAGGACUUGCAACAAUGGGGGAGUGUCCCCCAUGCAGGCUGUGACUGGCAGGAACACCAUGCUGCCGGGAGCCAUCAUGGACCAGAUCACCUCGGGGCGAGUCCGUUUUCGCUUCAAUGAGGCGGCCACCAAGAAUGAGGCAGUGGCCCGGGCGGAGAGGAUUCGGGCCGGCGCGGUGGAGUCAUUUCACUGGCUGGACGCCCAUCAGGCGCUGCGGAAGGCGUUGGCAUCCAAGUCGAAGCCACCGGACAUUGAGGGCAUCAAGGAGGGCACCGUGGUCUAUGUGUACGAGCCUCCACCUUCAAGACGAGGCCUGGCGCGAAGGCUGCAGGACAACCUGAGCUGGGCUGGCCCUGGUGUUGUCGUGUGCGUGGAGAAGGACGACAACAUCCCGAAGAGGCUGUGGAUCCGGCUUCGAGGCAAGGUCAAAGCCUACCCUCUGGAGAAGGUGCGCCUGGCUACCGCGGAUGAGGCGACCAGUGCCCAGUUCAUCACUGAUGCUUUGCAGGAGGUGGAGGCCGAGCUCAAGGGUGGCAACAUUACCGUGGAGGGAGAUGCGCCAGCAGUGGAGGCCGGCGCUCCUGUGCCGGAAACUGCCGAGGCACCGGCAAACUCCGAUUCCUCGUCCUCAAGUUCGACCUCGGAUGCCCCCGAUGAGCCAGACGGCGGGGUUGGAGACGAGGAGGAGGGGGAGGACCGCCGCGCCAAACGUGCUAAGCUCCUGGAAGAUCUGCCUUGGUCGGUGAAGAGAACGUUUGCAGAGCGACGGCGGCGUGAAGAGGAAGAGGGCAUGGACCCUCACCAGCUGGACUUCCACAAGAAGCAGCGGCUCUUCGAGAAGUUGUCGAAACAGUUCGGGGCGCCCACAAAGUUGCAGGAGGCGGAUCUGCGAAACCAAAUGGAGAAAGCCUAUGCCAAGGUUCGUGCGGUCCGCAAGGUGAUCAGGACCAAGAAGAAGGAGGUGCCCACUGGGAGUCGGCAAGCCCGAGGGGUUGGCCGGGGAACCGCGGAGGUGGAAGUCCUGGCGAUGGAGUGCGAUGUUCCUCUCGUGGGGCUCAAGGACGGCGAGCUCGAGGCCAUGAUCCACGACACGAUGGGACACUGGACUUUGUGGACGGGGACCUCUUCGGGAGCAGGCGUUCAGGAGAUCCUUGAAGUGAGCGGAGAAAUUCGCCGCACCGAGAUGGAAGGGGUCACUGAGGUGGUGACCGGCCGGGCUCGCGCCGAAUACAAGUGGGGCGAAUUGGACGCCAGUUGGAAGGAAGCCUACGUCGAGCCCCUGAAGAAGGCCAUCCAGGUGUACGUGGAUCACUCCGGGAUUCGCGGAGUGCCUCAAGGACAAAUGGUGGACCCUGCGCGGAUUCUUGGCUCGCGCUUCGUCCUUACGAACAAAGGGGGCGAGACUCUGGGCGAUGCUGAACUACGUGCCCGGUGGAUCUUUGGAGGCCACCGUGAUCCGGAUGCUGGGUUGUAUGCGACCUCGUCUCCAACGGCGAGCCUGCUGGGCCACAACUUGAUCAACUUCGUGGCGGUGCAGAAGCGGUGGGUCGUGCACUACGAAGAUGUGAGCGCGGCUUUCCUGCAGGGCAAGGAACUUCCCCGGCAGGAGAAGAUCUACGUGAAGGUGCCCAAAGGAUACCCGGACGCCGUGAUCAAGCACUUGGUGGAGCAGCUCGGCAAGGACUGUCGGGCAGAUCUGGUGGAGCUGACCAAGGCGGGCUUUGGGCUUCCGGAGUCGCCGCGACUCUGGUACCUGGAGUACAAGGACUGCAUCCAGGACCUGGGAUUGGAGGAGAUGAAGUUAAUUCCCGGGGUGUUCCGGGCGUUCCACCCACCUCCUCGGCGGGACCUCCGAGCCAUGGCUAGCAUCCAUGUCGAUGACACCAGGUUCGCUGGCGAUGAGACUUCCGGUGAAAUUUGGGAUCGCCUCCGGGAGCGCUUGAAGUUUGGGAAGCAUCGCCAGGCGACCGAGGGAUGGGUUAAGUUCUGUGGCCGGUGGGAACGACAAGAUCCUCACACCCUCGAGAUGGAAUACUCCAUGGAUGAGUACGUGAAGAAUAUCCCUUUGGCUAAGGUUCCGAUGGCAACAGGCAUGGAGACCGGCGGGACAGACCACACCACAACAUCCCCCUCGACAUCUUCAUCAUCGACUACUUCCUCAGCGCCCGGAGCAUCAGCGACGUCAGGAACUAGCGGGGCAAACCACACGACAUUCCCAUCGACAUCGACAUCAUCGACUACGGGGUCAGGGCCGGGAGCAGGUGUAUGCGGGGCAGACCACACAACAUCCCCAUCGACAUCUACAUCAUCGACUACGCGGUCUCUAGGACAAGAUGUCGAACAGGAGGUAGCGUUCUGGGAUCAUCUACAGCGACGAGUGGUUCAUGGCGAGGACGAUGAACAGCUCUCCGAACAGGAGAAGAAGGUCAUCAGCUCCAUUGUGGGGCAAUUGAAUUGGGCGGCCCGCCAGGGGAGGUAUGACUUGUCCUAUGGGGCGUCCCUCGUGCAGCAGCUAUCCGGACAUGGCCGUCGGGACGCUCUUCGCUGGCUCAACUUGGGGGUGAAGCGAGCUCAGGAGCCCUUGAACUUCAAGGUUCGAAACCUCGGGUGUGCUAUCGAGGAUGUGCUGGUGGUCUCUGUCAGUGAUGCGGCCUACGGCGCGAUGCCCGGUGGACACUCUCAAGGGGGGAACCUCGUGCUCUUCGCGAAUCCCGAGGUGCUCUCUGGAGUGGGCCGCAUAUGCAUCCUGGAGGGCAACAGCACCAAGAUUCACCGCGUGGUCAGAUGUUCCAUGUCAGCGGAAAUUUCUUCGAUGACCACCUCUUAUGAGCAUGGAGACUUUGUGCGGGCCGCCUUUGUGGAGUUGGUGUGCCCCGACUUCAAGUUGGCCGACUGGAAACGAUAUGUAUCCCGCUGGCGCCACGUUUUGACCACGGAUGCGAAGACCGGCUAUGAUGCGAUAUCCAGUGAGGCCAUGCCGGCCGACAGAAAGAUUGCCAUCGAUGUGGCGGUGUUGCGCCAGGCAGUCCUCGAGGAGAACUCGGGCGCGUUCGUCAGGUAG